CAACCCCAGUUCCUUCCUCCUUUCUGUGUUCUAGUGUAACUUGCAUUUCCCCAGCCAGCUCCUUUAUAGGUUCCUGGUUCCCUGCCAAGGCCUCGAGGCUGUGCCAGCUCUGGAGGACGAAGACAUGGCCAAAGGCCUGGACUGCAGGACGAGGUGGGCAACCCUGGUGGUGCUGGCCGCCCUGGGCACAGCUGUGACAGAGGCCACCAACCCCGGCGUUGUGGUCAGGAUUACCCAGAAGGGCCUGGACUAUGCCUGCCAGCAGGGAGUGGCUGCGCUGCAGAAGGAGCUGGAGAAGAUCGAGAUUCCCCCUUUCUCAGGAAGCUUUAAGGUCAAGCUUUUGGGGAAAGGCGAAUAUAGCUUCUACAGCAUGGUGAUCCGUGGAGUUCAGCUUCCUAAUUCCCAGAUAAAACUGCUGCCCAAUGAGGGCCUUGCUGUCUCCGUGACAAAUGCCAAUGUCAAGAUGAGUGGGAAAUGGAAGGCACGCAAGAAUUUCAUCAAAGUCAGAGGCAACUUCGACCUGAGUGUGGAAGGCAUCUCCAUUUCGGCGGGUCUGAAACUGAGCUGUGACCCCACCUCAGGCCACUCCACUGCCACCUGCUCCAGCUGCAGCAGCAGCAUUGCCAGUGUCCACCUGCACAUCUCAGGCAGCCGCCUGGGGUGGCUGAUCCAACUCUUCCAGAAAAAAAAUUGAGUCUUCACUCCGAACACCAUGAACAGCAAGAUCUGCCAGGUAGUGACCAGUUCUGUGUCCUCCAAGCUGGAGCCUUUUCUCCAGUCAGUGCCAGUGACAGCCAAGAUAGACAACGUGGCCGGGAUUGAUUACUCACUGCUGGCACCUCCGAUAGCCACGGCGGAGACUCUGGAUGGGCAGCUGAAGGGGGAGUUUUUCAGCCUGGCCCACCGCAGCCCCCCUCCCUUCACCCCACCGCCGCUGGCCUUCCCCACCGACCACGACCACAUGGUGUACCUGGGCAUCUCCGACUACUUCUUCAACACGGCCGGGCUCGUGUACCAGCAGGCCGGAGUCCUGAACCUGACCCUCAGGGACGACAUGAUUCCAAAGGAAUCCAAAUUCCGACUGACAACCAAAUACCUUGGAACCCUCAUACCCAAGGUGGCCAGGAUGUUCCCCAAUAUGACCGUGCAGCUCCUCGUCCGGGUCUCCUCUCCGCCGCGCCUCGAGGUGUCCCCUGCUGGCCUUGCCCUCACCCCGGCCCUGGAGGCUCAGGCCUUCGCCGUCCUCCCGAACUCCUCCUUGGCCCCCCUCUUCCUGCUCGGCAUGAGCACGAACGUGUCUGUGGAGGUCGGCGCCAAGUCCAACAGGCUUGUGGGACAGCUCGGCUUGGACAAGCUGCUCCUGGAACUGAAGCACUCGGACAUCGGCCCCUUCUCGGUCGAACUUAUGCAGGCCGUCAUGAACUUUGUCAUACCCACCGCCGUGCUUCCCAAGGUCAACGAGAGGCUGCAGAAGGGCUUCCCUCUCCCGCUGCCCAGGCACGUCCAGCUGCUCAACCUGGUGCUUCAGUCUUACCAGGAUUUCCUGCUGUUCGGAGCGGACGUGCAGUACGACUGAAGUGGCCACAGGUGCUGGGGGCUGUCGGCCACACCGGGAGGCAGAGGUCAUGGACACCCACUCCUGACAGGCCUGUGGGGCCCAGGCCACCUUUCUCCCAGCGACGCUCCCUACCUCUUGACCCCGAGACCCUUGCAGACUUCUCUGAACUCGGGUUCAGAAACGACCUAAACUCGGAGAGCCUUGUUCCUUGGGAAAGGGUGGUGUGUAUGUCAGGGACGAGGUGCUCCUUGCAAAGGCUAAGCCUGCACCGACAUUUCCCUCAGGAAUUGCAUUUUGGUUGUAGCCACAAUGUUUCUCUUUGUGCUUCACACAGAAAGUCUGGGUUUUUAAAAUGUGUUUUUAAAACGUUGUGGUCGGUGUGAUGGUAUUGUGUCUUGUUUUAUGCUCAUUCAUUCAUUCACCGGCUGCACCCAGCAUGGCCUGCAGCACCAUUGUACAGCACAGAUACGUCACCUCUUUAUUUCUCUAAUUAGCCUCUUGAGCCCCCACAUGCCUCUGUUAGCAAAAAUGCCAUUGUUUCUCUUUGAAGACGCCCCUCAUUCCACACUGGCCAAGAGUCCCAAGGGAGUAGUAAGUCUUGCUUCCUAAUGCCAAGUUUGCAGAAUGGAUGGGUCCACGGGGCUGUUGUUCCCGCUAUGGCCACGUGGUGGCGCUGUUGAACGGCUAUCCUGCACAGCCUGUUUCCCCUGCCCCACACUGGGGCCUGCGGAUGAUAGUUCCUUCAAUCUAUGAUCUCCUCUCCUACCCAGCCAUUGGGCCCAAAGCAGAACUGGGCCAGAGGACAGAGGCCAUUGAAGUUUCAGUCAGUCGCAUCCUCAGCUACAGUUAGCACCUCACCCAUGGCUUUCCAGAUUACCAGCACAGGCUGUCCUUGGACUCAGAGAGUUUCCUCCCGGGCUUUGGGACAGCUCCCACCGUAGAACAUCAGGGGUGGCUGUUAGACAGAUCCUAACAGCACUUGAUGAAGCGUUUCCUGGAAGUCCUCUCUGAGCUCUUGGCAUUUGGUCUGAGGCCGGAAGGGUGAGGAAGCGUCUGAAGCAGUCAGUGGGGUGCGGGGCGACAUGACCAGAUUUAGCUUUAACAUGUUUUGUUGUGACUUCUGACAGCACUGGAGGGCGAGAGGAAGGGGGUGGGCACAAAUUAGGAAUCUGUUGUUCAGGCUUCAUCCAGGCGGGCCGUAGUAAAAGUGGAGAAUAAGAGCUUGGAUAGUGAUGAAAACCAGAUAAAAGGUAUUUUUAAAGAAAACGGUACACAUUGCUGCUAACAGCAUCAGUUCUGUCACGUGGAAGUCGAGGCUCUAGGGCCACACCUGGGAAGAGAGGGAAACUGGUCAAGCACAGCCCAUGAACGACCUCACUGAACCCCACAGCCCUCGCCUCCCCCGCCGUGGGAAGCAUUCGAGCCUGUGGAUGGAGUCGUUCUCCCUGCAUCACGCAGCUGGCAAAUGGCACAGCUGCCAUCCCCCCUCUCUGUCACCAGAGCCCGUGUCUUUCCACUCCCCCCGGCUGCGACAGUCUCGUCUGUUUGACGAGUGAGGUGUUCAAGGUGGAAUUGCCGUGUUCGGUUGUGCAGGUUGCACGCUGUAAAAGGUGUCGGGCUGAGGGAACCAAAUCCUUUCUCUAAUUUGCCCACUGUGAGGAUGCAUCUUUUUCUGCUCACCCAGCGGAGGCUCCUAAAUGAGCAGAAAAGCAGCCAGUGGGGCGGGAAGGAAGGGAGGGAGGGAGUGGGAACUCCACGCGGGGCAAGCAGGGGAGGCCACCGCCCAUCCGCGUGUGUACAGGACCUCGCUGCAGGGGCUGGGGGGGCAGAGCUGGCGAGUACAGGGACACAGCCUUGCCUUCCCCCGCCCCUUCGUCUCCCACCAUUCCCUUCGGACAUAGCUGCCCCCCACCUCUACUUUCCAAAACGUUCAGGCAGCCCCUGCCCCACUCACUAUAGAAAAAAAAAGCAAUAUUUCUUGAAUUUAAGGACUGGUGAGUGGACCUCACUCUAAGGGCUGAGAAAUGGGCAGUUGUCCGGAGGUGUGAGGUGAGGGGCAUUCCCGAAGACAAGCCGAGUUACCUGCCAGGCUGCCUGCAAAACCACCAGGAGAGCAGCGUCCCCUCGGGCUGAGCUUCCCAGCUCCGCCUGGCCGCCGAUGUGUGCCGGUUUCUUCGGGGGGUGUUGGAAGUCUCUAAAAUUAGACCGUGGGGACAGUUGCACAACUCUGUAAAUAUAGUAAAAACCACUGAACUGUACGCUUUAAAUGGGUGAGUGUUAUGGUAUGUGAAAUAUAUGUCGAUAAAACU